GCUCCAGUAGACCGCACUAAUAUGGCGCUUAUUGUUUCCCCUUACGUCUGGUUGGACAGGCCGAGGAGAAAUUGCUCCCACUCCAGUUAUUCUUUCCUCUAUGGUGAACACCCCCCAUGUCGUUAAUAGCUUGGUGGGGGACGUCGAUCGAGAAUAUCGAGAUGCGAUUUUCGGUGCAACAGGUGCAGCUCGCACAGCCUCCUAGUUCACGAUGGAGGUUAUGGCUGUGCGUCGAAUGAGGUGUAAAAAAAAUAUGUACAUUGCUCCGUCGUGACAGAGAGACAAGAGCCAAAUCCCAAGGUAACUCCGCUCCCAAUCUCAACUACGGUAUAUCCAUUCGAUUGAGCUGGCCUUUCGCGGAGAUGGAGUGAAACUCGAGAAACCUAUGUCUCCGUCUCGAGCGAGAUGCGUCUGCCGAGGCGGCUUGAACUGCUGUCGCUCCUGAUACUGUGGCGAUUGAUCGGCGUGUUCCUGGUGCGGACCGUUCACGUGCCGGACGAAUACUGGCAGUCGCUGGAGGUGGCGCACCGCCUGGCCUUCGGGUACGGACACCUCACGUGGGAAUGGACGACGAUGAUUCGUAGUUACGCGUAUCCGUUUCUCAUCUCAAUUCUUUAUCGGACGCUCGCCGUCCUAUCCUUGGACUCUGCACUGCUGCUGACGACGCUGCCCCGUGUCCUCCAAGCCGUCCUCGUUGCCUACGCAGAUUACAGAUUUUACAUGUGGACCAAAAGCAAGUGGAUGCUCGUCUCCCUGUGCUUGAACUGGUACUGGUACUAUUGCGCCACGAGAACGCUGAUAAACUCGGUGGAGACCGCCUGCACCGUUAUAGCGUUGUCCAUGUUCCCGUGGAGAGAAGGCCACGUACAAGGCGUGAGAUUCCUGUGGAUCGUGGGUCUUCUCUGCAUGGCCAGGCCCACCGCUGCGAUUAUGUGGCUGCCCUUGUGCCUAUACCACAUUCUCACGAGUCUGGAAAGGAGAGUAUUGCUGGCCCGAUACGUCUUGAUAUGUCUUACUUGCGCCGCUAUUUCUGUAUCGAUAGAUAGUCACUGUUACGGAACGUUUGUGAUAACACCCUGGAGGUUCUUCCGCCUGAACGUGCUCGGGAACGUCGGGAGCACUUACGGCGUCGGGCACGCGUUAUGGUACAUCUAUGCCGCUUUACCCGUGUUGCUCGGACUGCACGUCGUUCCGUUUCUACUCAGCUGUUGCCUGAUAGCUAGGCGUUCCGCUCUUUUCCCUCGGGAGUCGAUCAUGCUGCUGACCAUCGGCUGGACCUUGCUCGUCUACUCGCUACUGUCCCACAAGGAAUUUCGAUUCAUUCUGCCCCUCUUGCCGUUGCUGAUUUACACGAGCUUCGCCUGCCUCAAUCGUCUGACCGUCAGAGUCACGGCGGACGUGCGUAAAGGACUCGUGGCGUUGCUGGUAUGCAGCAACGUCAUGACCGGACUGUUCUUCUCCACGAUCCACCAACGUGGCACGCUAGCGAUAAUGGAGAGCCUGCGGGGCGAAAUAACUGCCGCGGACCUCUCAUCGACCGACACGCUGAUCCUGACCCCGUGCCACAGCACGCCGUUGUACAGCCACUUGCACGUAAACACGACGAUAAGAUUUCUAACGUGCGAGCCCAACUUGGACAACGUCGAGGAUUACGUGGACGAGGCGGAUCGAUUCUUCGCAAACGCGACAGCCUGGCUCGACGAUAAUUACGUUAAAAAUAGCGAAGUUGCGUUACCGACUUACGUGAUAGUAUUUGAUAGCGCCGCGAGCAAAAUACCUGACUUUUUACGUACGUACACGUUGAUUGUCAAAGUGUUUCACACGUACUUUCCAGAACGGAAUUACGGGGAAAAUAUAUUGUUGUACAAGCGCAUGUAAUAUGUAUUUUGCACGACGUACGUUAAUUGCAAUAUGAAGAUGCUGAUUACCAAAGUAUUUCACACGUACUUUCCAGAACGGAAUUGUGGGGAAAAUAUAUUGUACAGGCGCAUGUAAUAUUUCUUUUGUACGAUAUACGUUAAUUGCAACAUGAAAAUGUUUUUAUCAAAAUAGCAAUCUUUGACUGGAGGCAUCGUAAAUCGAUCUGGUCAAACGAUUACUAAUAUAACUAUUGUGUUGUAUAAAAAUUGAGAUGCACGAGCUCAGGAGGAAUUUCUGGUUAUUUAGGCAUUCGGUAUCGAAAGAAACUUUUGUUCCUCUUGAUUUUCUAUUUGUUAUGUAAAGUUUCCUGGUGCCGAUAAAUGUGCGAUAAAUUUUGGGGAUUCGUAAUUUAUAAUGUAAAAUAUAAUUAGACAAUUCGUUCCUUUA